AUGGGGCUGAAUAAUUAUUUAUUUGUGCUUGUAAUAAUAAUUUUGAGUGUUGCCAACGGUGAUGAUGCACUUGAACACAUGAAAAAUCAUCGGAGUGAUCGUCCAAUAAACAAGAGUGAUCUUCCCAUGAACAUACUGCAACCAGAGUGUCAGAUAUCGGCAGAACUCCAACCUGGGAACGUAUCAAAAUUUUAUUACCUGAGUCAUCGUGAUGGGGAGCCCCUGACAAUUCUGGUGACCCCAUGUUCGGGUCCCGUAUCCUGGACAGUGACAUCAGUCAAACCACCGGAGGACAAUCGUCAGCAGGGUGACGAGACAGGCUCACUGUCACGAUGGCCAGUUAAUCAACUUAUUCCUGGAUCAUCACCGUUAUUCAGUUACGAUGGUGAUGAGGCACAAAACUUUACGAUUCCAUGUGUACAAGCUGGCUUGUACCGUCUUGAGAUAAAAACACCGGUUGAUAGUAACAAGAUGGUGGUUAUACCAAAGACGGUGAAUCUUUAUGCUACAUCUAGUGCACUCGAUCAUCUGCCAAUAUCUUAUGAGAAUACAAGGGGAAAGAGACACAGGUCAUUGAGAUUUCAACCGAGGAGAAAUCGUAGGAGACUCACUGUUUCUUGGAGCAAGAGUCACGUGGAUCCACACCUGUCUACCUACUGUCUGGCGGUGACAUCGGGCACUUCACUCCACCCACCCACCCUCUGUGCAGCUAAAAAUGUCUUGGUGAGUCACUCACACUCGGGACGCGGGAGCUCCUCCAAGGAGCACGUACACAAAGGCAAUCCCACUGGUCUUCAUUGCGUCCAUCAGACACGAGUCACUCUUCAUGGACUUGUGUAUGAUACUACGUACAAUUUUACACUCUACGUGGUGAACACGCGGAAUAACCUGUCAACAAGAAUAGCUGCCGAGUCUCUGAAAUACAAGAAGACGCAAGCACAAGUGCUCCUCACAGGCCGCUACGUAACCGCGAAGUUGCAGAAAAAUUUUGGAAUUGUGAACUUUCGGUAUCAGCCGCAUUAUAAUGAAUCCACAGAGUUUCAUGUAUUACCUUGUGGGGGUGGGGUUGUCAGGGCGAAGCUCAGGGGCCCUGAUGGAAUCACCAGACAUAAGAAAGAAGUCAAGACCCAUGAAUUGCUGAAGGCGCCUGCCCUAGAGAAAGGGAAGAAGUACACCCUGAGGAUUUCCGCUGCUCCCCAGGAGCUCGGAAGAGAGUUAUCGGUGAAGGUUCUGGCGACGCAGGCUGGCACCAUCGAAUAUCCAGAGGUACCCUUCAAGGAGCCUCCACGUGAGUUCAGGAAGGAGUGCAAUGAGGUAACAAUCGGCGUUGAUCCCGUAGGAGCCGCUGAAUACUGCAUUCUAGCCCGGGAAUUGCGUGGCAUAACACCACUGAAACUGGCCGCCAUACCCACUAUUCCCGAUCAGUGUGACCUCCACAGACGUCGGAGGUCCGAGUAUUCCUUUGAUCAUUGUGUCAAUCGCACAGAUCCGCCCGGCAACAAAGCACAAAUAUUUAAAAUCACUAAUCUGCUGCCUGGCAAGUGGUAUCAGGUGCAAAUUACAGCGCAAAUUCAUGGACAAUCGCUGUCUUAUCCUUUGAUCAAAGUUCGCACGAAGAAAAAUUGUCCGCCUUCACCUCGAUAA